AUGUCAUUCGUAGACACGCAAAGAUCAUAUGGUUCUCAUUCUUUACAAACAAUUAAGAUUUUCCACUAUGAAGAACUGAAUGAGACUACAUUCCUAUAUAUUCAUGGAGGGGCAUGGAGAGAUCCAAAUAACACAUUUGAUGAUUUUGAAGAAAUAGCUAAAGAACAUGUCCAAUUAUCAAAUUUAAGUAUAAAUAUAAUUGGGAUAAAUUAUAGAUUAUCACCAGAAAUCAAACAUCCAUUUCAUUUGUUAGAUGUACUUGAAGCUAUUAGAUAUUUAUAUAAGACUUUAGGAAUAAAGAAAGCGCUGAUACUUGGACAUUCUGUUGGUGCUACUCUUAUGCUUCAAUUACUUCAUUACCAAGAAAUAGUUGGACUAGGUUUCGAGAAUCUGUCUCAAGUGUCUCCAAACCAAUACUUGCAAGAGUUAUUUGACGAUAUUGAGAGAAAUUUCACUAUUGACAAUCUUGUAUUUUUAGAUGGGAUUUAUGAUACGAUUGAAUUAUUGAAUGAAUAUCCAGAAUAUCUGUCAUUUGUUUAUGAAGCAUUUCAAUCAGAAGAAGCAGUAAUCGAUUCUACUCAGCCUUCUUCUACUCGUAUACCAAAAGAAAGUCCAUUUAGAUUAGUAGAUAAGAAGACUAAGUUUAGAGUGGUACAUUCACUUCAAGAUGAAUUAUUGACUACUAAACAAACACAAUUAGUUAUCAAAUAUUUAUGUGAUAGAAAUCAACCAGUUAAAGUGAUUUUCGAUAACUUUGGACAACAUGAACAAGUAUAUCGUCAUCAUAUGGCAAGGACUUUAUAUCUUCAGUUGACUGAGUAG